CUGACACUUCUUUGUAAGUCUGAAUUCCACCGUAUUGUUAGGACACUAGAGACACCAUCCUAUAUGUGGUCAUAUACCCUUGAUUCUUUUAAAUGCCCCUUUCUUUUUAUUGUUUGACUGAAGAGCACUUGCACUCAUAUAGUCCUGACUGGGCUCUGUGGACAGUAAGCUUCAACAAUUCCAAGAAUCAUAACUUUUGCGGUGUGUUGCCUUCCAUAUGCAGCUUUCUGCCUAUCUGUUACCAACGAAUCAUGGCUUAAUGGUCGUUUUACCAACAUCGACCAAAGUCUUCCAAAUUCAAGCAGAUCAAUCCCUGAAAGUAGAAUGAAGAACUUAUCGACGCCAUGCGCGUUAGAUAGUCCGCUCACACAGAAAUACGAAACUAGAAAAUGCGGCUUACAACGGACACAAGGAAGCACGUGCCAUAAAUCAUCAGGCAGUGAACACUGCUAAUGCUAUAUGUAUAGAUGUAGAGGGACUUUUUGCCUGAUUUCAGCACAGUUCCUUACUUUUUACAAAUAGUGGUCUAAACCGUAGACGUAAGCCAGCGCUAAAUACCGGGGAUAUUCGAUAUAGGAUACUUGGGGACCUCGUCUAUCAAAAUUCAGGCUCGCUGGCAGUAGGGUAUAAAAUACAGAAUCUAACAAGUGGGCAAAGAGGUUAUAGGAAGGUUGUAUUUGGCUCGCGCGUGUCAAUCGAGUAUUUUUUCGGCGCAGUCAAAAAUAACCGCCGAACCUUUAGUAGUCUGGGAAAAAUGAAAGUAGGCGGUGUGAGAUUUUGUGGUGCUUAUUACGCUAUUGCUGUAUUCCUAACAAAUCUUCAGGAUUACUAAAGAAGAUCUCAAGAUCCCAAGUAUCUUUUUAUUUCUCCGCCACGCUUGAUGAGUACAUUCAUGGACACAAUUUCCUCAAAUAUCUCGACGGAUUUCUUACCAAUGACAAGGAAACUGAUUCUUUUACCUCAUAACAGUACAAACAGCUGAGUUUAGAACGAUUGAGAGAUAUAUUAUA